AUGGAAUAUCUUCAUUCUCCGAGUGCCAUUAAUAGUAGUGAUGUCAAUGAAGAAGUUGUUCACGAGAAUAAUGGAUUAUCUGUAACGUCAGUAAAUAAUGAAGAUACAAAAAUAUCUUCAAAAUCUCAGAGUGACAAUAACAUUCCUAAACAACUAUCAUCGUCUGUGACUGAUAUGACACAGGAUCAUAAUGCAUUAUUGCCGACAACAGUAACAAUGAAAAAUGAUGGUAGAAUAUCACCAAUGAAUCUUAAUACUCGUCAUGAAAAUCAACAAAUAUCCGAUCGAGCAUCUCCUAUAAAUGGUCCUGGUUUAGCUAAACUUAUUUCUGCGACACCAGGAAAUUCCUCUGGAACAAAACGUAUUGAUGCUGCAUUAGAAAAAAAUCUCGAAACAAUCUCUACACAAAUGCGUCGAACAGCUACAAAACCCUCACAAUUAACACAAAAUGAUCUUCAAUUAUUUGAUAGUACAUCAUCAGGUAGUGCUAAAAUCGGUCAAAUGUCACGAGAAAUGACACCUGAUUCAAUCAAUACUGAUUCAGCAAAUGAAGAAUCAAUACAAAAUGGACAUCAUUAUCAUCGACCAAUGAUGCCUCCAUCAGCUUUUGAUCCUUAUGGACAACCAUUAUGGCCUCCUGCAGUUUAUCCAUUUCCACAUCAGCAUCCUGGCCUCUAUUUACCUUUUCCGCCACCUACUAAUGGCCUACCACCAUUCUAUCCAUCAUACGAUCCAUUAUUAUUCGAACAACAUUAUGGUCCGCAAGGUUUAUCUGCUUAUUAUACACAACAACAACAAACAAUAGCAGCUCGUCUUUUGCAAGAACAUCCAUCAUUGUCAGAUAAUUUCCCAUCCAUAUUGACAACUCCAACAAGAGAACAUACAGAAACUUUACCAACUAUUAUUGUUGAUCCAAUAAGAUCAUCUGACUCAAUGACUAAUACAAGUCAAAAAAAGAACAUAUUACCUAAUAAACUAUCAUCGUCUUUUCAUCAGAAUCUUCAAACAAUUGAUGGAAGUUUAUCUAGAUUAUCACCAGAUUUAUUAUCUGAUGGUGAUGGUGGAGGAACUAAUGAUGCAGAUAGUAUUAUUUCAAUUGAUAGUAUAAAAUCGACUUCAGCUGUCAGUAUGCCUGUACUUGAAGAUGGUUUAUCGGAUUCAGAACAAAUAAGUGGUGAUGAACGAUCACCACCUAUAACGAUGAAAUCUACUAAUCGUCAUCAAUCAACUCAAAGUGAUUUUUUAUUUCAUUCAAGUCCUUCAUCAUUAAUGUCUUCACAUAAACAUCAAUUUGCAAAAUCAGUUAAUAAUGAACCUGAACCUCAAACAAAAACAUCUUCAAAUCGUCCACAAUUAUCUUCAUCAACUGCUCGUACAGAUCAUCAACAAAAAAUUUCUUCAGAAGAAUCUUCUGCUAUUCCAACAGAUUAUGAUACUGAUGAAGAAACAGACAAAUUACUUAGUCAUGAACAUCGCAUUAAUGUUAAAAAUCAAGAUAUUCGUGAGGCUGCUAUGUCAAAGCCAUCAAGACCACGCGAAGUUAUUAAACGAAUUAUUCCUGAUCCAGAAAAUUCAUCAGUAUUAAUUGAAGGCGUUCUAUUUCGUUGUCGAUAUCUUGGUUCAACACAAUUACCUAUAGAAGGAAAUCCAACAAAAUCAUCACGUAUGAUGCAAGCACAAGAAGCUGUGGAACGUAUCAAAGCACCCUAUGGUGAAAGUCAACCAUCUGUUGAAGUUGAUUUAUUUAUAUCAACAGAAAAAAUCAUGGUUUUAAAUACAGAUUUAGAAGAUAUUCUAAUGGAUCAUUCCUUAAGAUCAAUAUCAUAUAUUGCUGAUAUUGGUGAUCUUGUAGUACUGAUGGCUAAACGAAGAUAUAUACAAAAUGAUAAUAGUGGAGAUGGAAAUGAUGAUACAAAUGGAACGGCAACACGACGUGUUGUUUCUAUUAACCAAAAAAUGAUAUGUCAUAUUUUUGAAUCUGAUGAAGCUCAAUCUAUUGCUCAUUCAAUUGGCCAAGCAUUUCAAGUAGCUUAUGUCGAAUUUUUAAAAGCUAAUGGUAUUGAUGAUCCAAGUUUUACUCGUGAUAUUGAUUAUCAAGAAGUUCUCGAUCAACAAGAAAUUGCUGUUGAAGAAUUAGAUCGAUUUGCAAAAAAAGAAUGCCAAAAAGAGGCUAUUGUAACUAAAGGAAAAAAUGAACCACUAGGUAUUGUUAUUGUUGAAAGUGGUUGGGGAUCUAUGUUACCAACUGUUGUUAUUGCAAAUCUGAUGCCAUGUGGACCUGCAGCUAGAGGUGGACAGUUGAAUAUUGGUGAUCAAGUAAUUUCAGUGAAUGGUAUUAGUAUGGUAGGAUUACCUCUAUCAACUUGUCAAACACAAAUAAAAAAUAUGAAGCAUUUAACUACCGUCCGUUUUGUUGUUGUUCCAUGUCCACCAGUUGUCGAAGUACUUAUACGACGUCCAGAUACCAAAUAUCAACUUGGUUUUAGUGUACAAAAUGGCAUUAUAUGCAGUCUUCUUCGUGGUGGUAUCGCUGAACGUGGUGGUGUACGUGUUGGUCAUCGUAUAAUUGAAAUCAAUGGCAAUAGUGUUGUUGUUACACCUCAUGAAAGAAUUGUUAGUAUGUUAUCAAAUUCUAUCGGCGAACUUCGAAUGAAAACAAUGCCAACUCAAAUGUAUCGCCUAUUAACCGGACAAGAAACUCCAAUAUAUAUUUAA